AUGCGCUGCAACCGUAAGUUCUGCGUUUCCAAAAGACGAAGAAAUAAAAAAAGAUGGCUUAACAUUAUCUCUGGAAACAUUACACAACAUUCAGUACUUUGUGGCCUGCAUUUUAAAUUCGAAGACUUCACCACCCAUCCUGCAGCAGCAAGAAAAUCAUUAAAAUUAAAUGCUAUUCUGUCUAUAUUUCCCGUGAUAAUACUCGAAAAUAAGAAAGUGCAUGUGCUGAGUUCUAUAACAAUCUCUCAAGAAAUGCCUCCAACACCUGGAACAUCAUCAGUGCCACCAUCUAAGAAGAUAAAAUUGCAACAAAAUGCAAAAACACAGACAUCUAUAACAUUCAACACGUCCAGAAAAAAUAAACUACACCGGGAAAUCAAAAUCUUAUCUCAAAAGUUAAAAAGACGUAAUGAAACAAUCAAGUCUGAAAUCAUUGCUGACUAUUAUUAA